UUGCGGCGGUCACGUAGAAACACAAGGUCAUCCGGGCGGUUGUUUGUUCUCUAAAGAUUGGGAAACAACUCAUAACUGUAUUCACAAAUUAUUAUGUGGUGUUCAUUCAACUGAAGAGAUUAAACAUUCCAUCGAAAAUCUAUUCAACAAGUUUUUACUUUCGAAAUCUGACAAUUCAAUUUAUGGAUUCUUCCAAAGAGAGUAUUUUACUUUUAUGGAAUUACAUCCAUAUAGACGAUAUUGCAUUAUACAAGUAUGUUAUUAAAUAGAGAUCGUUUUCGGUUGUUUUAAAACAUAAUAGUUUAUUCUUUUAUUAGAUCUAAAUUACAUUUCCGAACGUCUUUUAGUCGUUUUGUCCAAUAAUGAUCUGGAUCAUGUCAAUUGGUCUCAUAUUCUUCAAUUGAUAUCUGUUAUGAUUACAUGUAUUAAAGGAGGUGUGUCCACUGUUAAAUUUAUAAUUCAUCAACUUCUAUUGUCAUUAUUCAAUUCAAAUAUGAAUUAUAUCAACAAUGAUAAUGUUGAUUUAGAUUGUUUACAUUUAUUAGAUGAUGUAUUUAUUCAUAAAAGUCAAUUGAAUGUUUUAACAUCAAUUAAACAUGAUAAACAAUUAUUGAUAGGAGUUUUAUUAAUUGCACGUCAAUUAUGCUCAGAAGAUAAUCGAUUGACUGGGAUAAAUUAUAAACAAUGGUGGAUGGAAACAUUUUGUAAUCCAUUACUAUCAACACAUAAUAAUAAUAGUAAUAAUAAUACACAGAAUGUACUUUCAUCACGUUGUGCUGUAGUUUAUUUUUGUGAUUUACUCAUUGAACUAUUACCUUGGGAAACCGAUCCAAAAUUUCUACAAAUUCAAGUCAACACUCGACCUAAUUGGUUUAAUCUUGUAAAAAGAUCAAUGAAUAAUAAUCGAAUCAAAAUUCAUACUGAUAAAAUUCGUGUAAAACCGACUGAAUUAAUUGUGUCAUUCAAUGAAGAUGAGUUAAUAAUCCCGAUUGAUUUGGAAUGUACAAAUAUGAUAACUGAUAGUAAUAAUCAUAAUCAUAAUACCUACAUAGAAUCUUGUAUAAAUCGAUGGAAUGAUUAUUGUGAAAUUGCACAAGGACGGUUAGCUGAAUUAAGGGAACACUGUUGUGCAACAAAAAUGGUCAUAACGGAUAAAAAAAUCUCUGAUUGUUCAGAUGCUUAUACUACUCCAGGAUGGAGUGAUGUUCUAAAUUGGCUAAAUGAAAUCGCGACACAACGUACUGUUGAUUAUUGUAGUGGUGAUAUUUCUAAAUGUCGAUUACCGUCCGAAUGGAAUGAAGUAAAUCUGUUUCGUCCACGUUGGCUUCGAUCUACACUGAUUCCAGCUUUAUUAAAUGCACCUGAAAUAGAACAUUUAUCAGCUGAGUUAAAAUUUGCACGUGAACAAUUAUUACAGGGGAUACGGUCAGCUGGUUUAUCACAUUUAUUGAAUCAUACAGAAGAAAAAACCUCUACCACAAAGACGACUACGAAAGCAACAACAACAACGAAGAGGAAGAAGAAACGACCAACGUGUACUCCAUAACGAUCUUCAACAUCUAAA